AUGUAACACCCAAAAAAGACAAAUAAAUUUUAAAUUCAAAGAUAAUAACCUCAGAUUCAUUUUUAAAAUGUUAUAUACCCAGAAACAAAUAGCAAACCUCUUUGUAAACUUUUUGAAAUUAACAAAAAUCAAUUCACUAUCUCAAGAGAACUAAUUAAUAAGAAUUAAUCUAUGAUUGCUAGUAAAAAAUAAUUAUAAUUAUUGAAUCUAAUAUUAUAAUAACAAUCGCAAAGAUAACUGGAUAAAGGCAACGUUAAUCAACCUACCAUUUAUAAAAGUUUAAUAAUUAGAAGGUCAUUGCCAGCUGUAAAACCAAUUAAUUAAUAAAAUGUUUUGAGCAGAGAGAAGAAAUCAUAUUCGGUAUAAUAAUCAAGAAGAUAAUCAAACUCUUAAAAUAAAAUUAAUUUAUCAAUGCGAGAAACUAAAAUUGGACCUUGGGGAGAAUGA